AUGGACGAAGACGGAGAGAGACGUGUUCGUACCAAACGAUCAUGUUCUCCUGAAUCUUCUGACAACGGAUCUGGUGAUGAAGUUGAUUGGAUAAGUGAUUUGCCAGAAGCUUUGAUUGUUCUUGUUCUCCUGAAUCUUCCGACAAAAGAUGUGAUUAAGACUAGUGUCUUAUCCACCAAAUGGAGAAAUAUCUGGAGGUAUGUUCCUCGAUUGGAUUUGGAUAAUCGUCAUUUCACGGAAUUCGAUAGUCUUGCUAGUUUUAUCGAUAGGUUUAUGAGAUCCAACCGUAAGGUAAACAAGUUUAAGUUAAGAUGCGGUUCGGAUCUGGAUGGGGAUGUGGAUUUGGCUACUUGUUCCUGGAAGUGGAUCUACAUGGCUAUUAAGCGAAAAGUUCAGCAUAUCGAUGUUACAUGGCCUGGAGUGCGUAUAUAUCCAGAAAUUUACAACUGUGAGAGCUUGGUUUCUUUAAAGCUCUCUGAAGUAACUUUGACAAAGCCCGAGUUCGUAUCACUACCGUCUCUGAAAGUUUUGGUUCUAGAUUGGGUUGAGUUUUACAAUGAGUUCGCUUUCGACAUGCUUAUGUCAGGCUGCCCAGUCCUCGAAAGCUUUACGUUAUGCAGAAGGUACCUUGACAAUGUAAGAGUUUUACGUGUCAUCUCUCAAUCUCUAUUAAGCUUCAACUAUUACGGCUCUAGUAGUAAGAGCUUUCGUGAUGAUCUAGUGGUUAUAUUGGAUGCUCCAAAGCUUGAGAAACUCAAGCUCUCACAUCAAUUAACUGCAAGUUUCAUAAUAGAGAAUCUGAGUUCCCUUGUAGAGGCGGAUAUCGAUAUUGAGUUUAACUUUUGUCGGGGGAAAAAGUUUGAUCCGGAUGAUCUGCCAAAGAGAGAAAUGAUUCGUAAUUUUCUUGUCGGACUCUCUCGUGUCAAAACUAUGACAAUCGCUGCAUGUACUCUUGAGGUCAUUUAUGAUUACUCAAGAUGUGAACCACUGCCGUUGUUUCCUAACUUAUCUUUCUUCAGUGUUGAAUUCUAUCAGAAAAGAUGGGAAAUAUUGCCAUUCUUUUUUAAGAGCUGCUCGAAUUUAAAAUCCCUGGUCUUGGAAUCUGAUUACUUUCCAAGGAAGAGAACUAGUAUUAUAUCUGAACCUCGGUGUCUCCUAUCAUCUCUCGAGUAUGUUAAGAUAGAAUUUGCAUUGGACAAGGGGAAGAUGGAAUUAGUGAGAUACUUACUUGAGAACUCACCAAUCCUCAAGAAACUCACUUUAUCAUUGGAUCAUUCUUCUAGAAAGAAAUCUUGUGUCAUCCUCAGAGAACUCAUUACAAUUCCAAGAUGCUCGACCUCUUGCCGAGUCAUCGUUCUCUGA